AUGCUUUCUUAUCAAAAUCUAGCCUAAACUGAUUAUCAAAAGCAAAACGAUAUUCCUGUUACCAAUCCUUUACAUAGACCAAAACAAAAUAGUCUUAAUCUCUAAACUUCUCCUGUGCCUCAUCCAUUUAAUACAUUACUUCCAUCCAAUCUGUAAUCAAAUAUCUUCUUUAUUUCUAUAUAGUUUACAAAAAUAACAACUUGAUUAAGAUAGAUAAUCGUAAACAUCUUAUCAUUUCUAGAUAUAAAUCAAAUCUCUCAUAAAAAGCACAAUCCUGUUGUUACAUACCAAAUACAAUCGAUCCUCAAGAAUAAAUAUUGCUUGAUUAAUAAUAACAUUUAAUGGAUCAAAGUGAAGAUUUAAAGUAUCAUAUUUAUGUAUAUUAUUUAGAUCUCAAAAUAAACAACUUUUAUCAGAAAACAAUUCCCUUAAAAAAUUGGUUGAGUAACUUUAACUUGAAUUGUAAUAAUAUAUCUAUUUCUUUAUAUCCUAGAUCAUCUAAUAAGAAUCUUAAAUCUUAAGAAUUUGAAAUCAAAUCUAAAUUAGAUUAUUAAGAAGAAAUCAUUGUCAAACUUAAAUCAGAGGUUAGAAGAAAAUCUGAUCUUAUCUAAUAGAACUAAUUUAAACUUACAGAACUUGAUCGUCUAUAAAAUAAAUUAGAAGAAUAUUCAGGUCUUACUAAAAAAUAUUAAGAAUAAAUCUAAGUAAUCUCUGAAUAUAAAGAAUAAAACCAAGAAUAAAAAAGAUUAUUGUCUCAAUAUAUAAACACUGAAUAUGAAAAUCAGAAUCUAAAAGAAUAUAUAGAUACCUAUAAAUAACAAUUAAGAGAUAAAGAUGUCAAAAUUCAAUAAUUAAAAGAAUAAUCUGAAUUGUUAUACUCUGAUAAUAAAAAAAUUAAAACAACCUUAGAUAUGCUUAAUUUUGAGUUCAAAAAAUCCUAAGAAGGCUAUAAUGAAACCUUGCAUAGAGCUAAUAUUUCUAAUACAGAAUUACAAGGAUAAUUAAGUUUAUUAUAAAAAAAUCUAGCUAAUCAAGCCCAUCAAAUUGAAUUACAAAAAUAAUAAGUUAAAUAAUUUGAACUUUAAGAAAAAGAACUAUACAGUACGAAAUAUCAAUAUCUCAAAUUAGAUGAAAAAUUUUAAUCCUUAACAUAAUAAAACAUUAAAUGUAAAGAAUUUAUAUUUAUUUUUAGAAACUAAAGAAAUUGAUAAAUUACUUAUGACAUUAAAGAAUGGUAAAUAAGAAUAUUUAAAUUUACAAUAAAAAUUUGCACAUUCAGAAUAAGAAAAUAAAAGAUUAUCUGAUUUAUCUAUGCAAUUAGCUAAAUCAAAAAAUUAAUUAGAAUAAUAAUUUUAGCUAUAAGAAUAAGAAUUGAUAAAAAAAUAAGGGAAUCUCGAUUCUCUUGCAUAAAAAUAAAUUGAAUUCAAAACAAUAAUAGAAAAGUAAUAAGGUUAAAUUUAAGUACUUGAGAAUGAACUUAAAAAGAGAGAAACAAUCAUUCUCAAUUUUGAAUAAUAAAUUUAAACCUAAAAAGGAUAAAUGGAAUAAGUUUCACAUAUUGAUACAUAAAAAAAAAAUGAAAUCAAUCAUAAUUAUGCUAAAAUGAAAGAAAUGCACAAUGACCUGAUUUUAUAUGAAAAAUAAGUGAAACAAAUAAAUCAAGGUAAUGAUAAUCAUAUAAUUUAAAGAGAAUUAUUAACUCAAAUAAUAAAACCAAGUUAUAUCAGAGAGAAAUAAUUAGUAAGAACUUGAAAUAAUAAAAUUAAGAGUAAAUAUUAAUAUUUAAAUUAGGAAUAAAUAAUUCAAUUAGAUAGCCGCAUUAGAUUUUUUGAAAAAGAAAUCCAAAAUUAUUCAUUUUAACAGAAAUUGGCUACAGCUCGACCAUUUAACCCUCAAGAUAAAGUAUUUCAAAAUUAAUAGCUUUCUUCUUAAUAAAAUACUCCAAUUGGUUCAUUUAAUAACCAAUUUAAUUAAUUAAAAUGA